UUGAGAAGCACUGUAUUAACCCAAAUAAAUCAUCAAAUAAGCCCCACUGGACUAUAAACCGCAGGAUUCAAAAUGAGGGAAAAAAGUAGCGGCUUAUAGUCCGAAAAUUAGGGUACUUUGUAUUUCCUCUUUCUUCUUUGCAAGGCAAAGCCCCAUAUAAUAAUGUCCUUUACAACAAAACACUAUUGCAACCAGCUAUCUGUUCACACUUGGUUCCAUGUCAAGUGAGUACAAGAGAAGAAAAAUAGCAGAGCAAAUGUAAUUUGCCAUGUUUCAAUGAGUUACAAAUGAGUGGGCGUGUUUCCACAGAGAGUAGGAGGCUGUGUUGCGAAGGAGGAGCAUCCUAGGGAGGGUUCACGGCUCGCAGGGGGGCGAGUAUAUAAGAGCGGGAUGACCGCGCAGGCGGCAACACACUGGUGCUAAACCAAGAGAAAAGCCAUGGAGCCCACUGAAAGCCCGUAUGAGUACUAUGACUACGAGGAGACGGAGAACUCCACCAUGUGCGACUACUCUGAGUGGACGCCGUCCUACUCGGUCAUCCCGGUGCUCUACAUGCUCAUCUUUAUUUUAGGCCUGUCGGGCAAUGGCGUAGUCAUCUUCACAGUGUGGCGGGCGCAGGGCAAGCGGCGGGCGGCCGACGUCUACAUCGGCAACCUCGCCAUGGCCGACCUGACCUUUGUGGUCACGCUGCCCCUCUGGGCGGUCUACACGGCCAUGGGCUACCACUGGCCUUUCGGUGUGGCUCUGUGCAAGAUCAGUAGCUACGUGGUGCUCCUCAACAUGUACGCCAGCGUCUUCCUCCUCACUUGCAUGAGCUUUGACCGCUACUUGGCCAUCGUGCAUUCGCUGUCCAGCACCCAGUUGCGCACCCGCGGUCACAUGCGCGCCUCGCUGGCCGCCAUCUGGACACUGUCGGGCCUCCUGGCAGCGCCCACCCUCAUCUUUCGCACCACCCGCCACGACCCGGGUAGCAACCGUACAUCCUGCGCUAUGGACUUCGGACUGGUGGUGACCAACAAGCGCCAGGAGAGUCUAUGGAUCGCAGGCUUGAGCAUUUCCUCGUCCGCCCUGGGCUUUCUUCUACCCUUCCUGGCCAUGAUGGUUUGCUACGGAUUCAUCGGCUGCACCGUGACGCGCCACUUCAACACCUUGCGGAAGGAGGACCAACGUAAGCGCCGGCUCUUGAAGAUCAUCACCACGCUUGUGGUGGUUUUCGCAGCCUGCUGGAUUCCCUUCCACGUGGUGAAGAGCGCGGACGCCCUGUCCUACCUGGACCUGUUCCCCGCUACUUGCGCCUUCCUACGUUUCCUACUGCUGGCCCACCCGUACGCCACUUGCCUGGCGUACGUCAACAGCUGCCUCAACCCAUUCCUCUACGCCUUCUUCGACCUGCGUUUCAGGUCGCAGUGCCUGUGUCUGCUCCAUCUGAAGAAGUCCUUGCACGCCAGCCCUGCUAGCUCCUUGUCCUCUCAGAAGACAGAAGCCCAGUCCCUGGCCACCAAGGUCUAACCAAGAAGGACUCAAUCAUUGCUUGGUGCUCACUUUUCAAAUAUUGACUUUGUGGACUACUGACUUUUAAGGGACCAAACAUGAAGUUGACUGCGUGGAAUGUAUCUCCAAAAAUGCUCAGCUUCUCCUCCUGUCUCAUUUAUGGGUGGACUUCCACUUGAAUGGGUUCAACUGAAGAUUGAAAGUGUUCUCAUAUUUUCAGAGAUGGCAAAAGUACUCACGUUCUAAGUAUUACAACUUGUGUAAAAGAAAAGACUGAAAGUAGAACUGGUUCAAAUCAAGUUCAAACAGAAGAACAAAUGUGAACAGGAAUUUUAACUACGUUUUGAUAACUUAAAACUACACAAAAAAAUAACUUUACUCUUUCAUGAACUUACAUGUUACAUGUCUCAUGGUUGUUUUAGUUUUUUUUUUUUUUAAGAAAGCUAGCAAGCAUUAGCAUGUUGCUAACGUUAGAAAGUCUUGCUAACGUUCAAAUGCGCUAAAUAACUGGACAAAUAAACACUUCAGAUUCUGCAGUAACUGUUUCAACACUGUAAGCUAAUCAUUUUUAAGCUAGCACAAGCAAUUCUCUUCAGUUAGCGCCACGGAAAUUGUGUAUCCAUCUUUCUGAUCUCCAUUUUUUUGCCAUAUUCACAAAGUUUCUAUUACUUCAGUUCUGAACUCUCUCUACUUCCAUCUUUUUAAUGUUGUGUCAUCCACGAGAGGUGCGACGACCCGACAAGACGUCAGCGUCUGCGGCAUUUCCAGCCGUGUGCGUGUGUCGGUAUGAGGUGUUGGGCUCUGAUAAGUGUGGUAAGAAGAGACGGGGGUCUCGGGGAGCAAGGAGGGGGUCUAGACAGAUGGACAGAUGGCAGCUGACAAAUGUUUUCAGACUGCCUGGACGGAGAGCCCAAUUAAAAGGUGACUGCUUUGACAGGCUACGUGUGUGUAUUCGUGUCUGGUGUGUCUUUUGUCAGACACAUUGCAUUUGUUCUUGACAAAAACAUGGAUUUGUGAAUAUUUUUUUACAUUAGUGAUGAUUGUGUAUGAUUUGUAAUUAAAAAAACACUGAAAACAACCCUAGGAAAUAUUGUUGUUCUGUGUUGUGUCUACUUCCUUACUGUUUUUUUUGCUGGAAUGUAUUUUCUCGCCUCAGUUGAACGUUUGUUUCUUCCUGAGGACGCAUUGCUGAGGGGAGGCGGUGGCCCUCCCAUUGUGUCGUGCGCUGAGCCUUCAAAUCAAAGCGUAUGUCUACAGGAAAUGCAUGUUGGCGCUCUGUUCCUCACUUCUACCCUCCCAUCCCUGUGUGCUAUCAACAAUUCCUAAAGACAAAAUAUUUUUCUAAAUCAUACAAAACUAAAAAACAGAUUUUAAAGCUCAUUGUUGAUGACUCUGGACGGUAAUGAGCUUCUUAGAGGCGUAAUCAGGGAGACAGAAGGAGCAGCUUAAUCCGAGUGGAAUGGUUUUUAACGUGGCGUUCGUCUGUAUUGGUGGCUCAUGGCGAGAUAUGUCAGAAUCAAUUGAAAUCACAAUGCUUGAAUGCGGCGAGCUAAGCUCGCCAAAGAAAGGAAGGUCAGCUAGCUCAAUUCUUUAUAGUUGGUACGUACUUCGGUACAGGGGUCACGGCUCGGUACGGGUUCAGCACAACAGAAAAAACAAAAAGCCUUUUUUGAUCACAGCAUUUUAAGGUAAAGUUUAUUCUAUAGGCUAAAACAAAAAAAAACAGCUGUUAUUAAAGUGCAAAAUCUAUACAAGAAAACAUCAAACUUGUGAAUUUGUAUUGUUAUUGUCAGGGCCGGCCCAGGCCAUUUGGGGGCCCUAAGCAAAAUAAUGCCAAGGGGCCCAUAUUUUUGCCUCACCAUUUCGUCACAGUGUACUGUGAAACCCAUACAUGCAACCCAACCUCUAUGUCCAUAUUUUGUACAUGAAUUAGAUUUUGUUGCACUGCAUUCUUCAAACUUCUCACCCCAAAUGAUUGUCAGUACUUACAGUAGAUAACGCCAAACCUUUUUCUAAAAGAGGAAAGAAAGAAGUUAAGGAAGAACUUUUAUUUUUUUAAGGUUGUAAUCAAGUAUCAAAGCUCAAAAAAGUCAAAUAAAGCAAACUGUAGUAAACAAAAUAGAAUAUAAAUUAAACAAUUGCCAGAUUGCCCCCUAUCUGGGCCCCCUAGUGGUCAGGGGCCCUAAGCAGCUGCAUAGUCUGUGUAUAGGCUGGGCCGGCCCUGGUUAUUGUCUUUAAUUCACUGUUUAAAGGCAAUAGAC